AUGACAGUUGUCAUUGGUCAGGUUUUCAGUGUAUUUGCCACCUAUCCAAAGUCGAACUCUUCUCAGGAAGCCAAAGAUACCCUCAUGCACAGUGUCGGGAUAGGUGAACACAAUGUCAUGAAUCUUCGGAAACAUGUCUAUUUGGCCAUCACAUCGAAGAACAUGACAUGGUUUGACACGAAGAUGGGUUCAGAGAGCACUGUUCAGUCUACAGAUAACAAACAAGGUCCAGUUUGGGCUGGAGGGCUUAUGGCUAAAUUCACCAGGGAAACAGACGAAGUUCGUAUGGCUUCAUCUCUUGCCUCAGGAAGAAUCAUCCAGUAUACAACCACCUAUGACACAUGCUUUGUUCUUGCAUUUUCACAUUCCUGGGCACUCACGCUCAUCAUCCUUGCCUCUGUCCCUGCUCUGGUUCUAGUACAAGCCUUCUCCCAAGCAGUAGCCGGUCCUCUCCUUUCUAUCGAAUGA